AUGGUAGUAACUGCAGACGUUGUUCUACCAGAGGAGUCAGAGCUUACAGUGGAGGAGGUCAAUUUAACAACAGCUACUUUGAGAGCUGGGUCUUUUCACUUGGGAAAGUAUUGUGAACAAGCAAAUAAUGAAUUUAUGCUCUGCCGUUUUGAGGAGAAAGAUCCAAGAAAAUGUAUAAAUGAGGGUAAAGCUGUUACUGCCUGCACAUUGGAUUUCUUUCGCAAAGUGAAAAAGACUUGCCUGGACGAAUUCAACCAAUAUGCAAACUGCAUUGACAAGAGUUCUGGAGAUUAUAGUUUUGAAUUUUGCCGCAAAACACAAGGUGUGUUUGACAAGUGUAUGUUGGAGAACUUAAACUUGGAGCGCCCUCCAUUUGGUUACUUUUGUGAGCCGCGUGUCCAUGAUACCAAAAGACCUAAACCUCCCGUCGAACCAAAGGCUGUUUACCCAGAUGCCACUCCAGCUCUACCAGAGGGUGCAGAAAAGAAACCGGCAAGAUUUGGAUCGCGUUUCUACUGGAUGACCGAA